UCUUCCGCGUUGCAACGGAGGGAAGGAAAAUGUGUGACAAAGAGGAAAUAAUCUUUUGUGCGAUUUUAUAGAUGCUGGGCGACCGAAUGCAAGAGUCUCAAAGCAGGAGUCAAUACGUCCCUGUGUUGGGGCCCACAGGAAGGGGACCAGGUAAGCAGCUGCAAGCAUCUGCAAGGGAAGCGGCUGCCGCGUGUUUAAAUUAGUCCCGGCACAACUGUCGUGCGCGCAACAUGUACGAACGAUCGUUCCCGAGUCCGGUGUAUUGGAAAACGAAUUAGCGAGAAAUUGUGAAAGAAACUGACACUCAGUGUACUUCGAACUAUCUUUAUUUUUAUUGCACAAGUAGAUACAAUCGCUCUAAUACAAUAUUGGCUCUAGGAAAUUAAUUUCCCGAUCAAAUACAACUGAUAAAAAUCUUGUCCGCGCGAAGAAAUAAUUUUGCAAACUUACGGUGCAUGCAAUUAAUAAUUGAAUUUCUUGAAAAUCGCAAUUAAAUUCAAGCAACUGAAAGAUGGCAUAUUAAUUUCGAUGGCACGUAUAAUUAAAAUAUUUAAUUUGACGGAUAGAGUAAUUAAUAUUUAAUUUGACGGAUAGAGAGAGGAGAGAGAGAAAGAGAAAGGACAAUUUGAUGGCCCUGAUGCCGACAGUGGAACAAACGGCAGAAUUUGUUUAAAUGAUCGUAUGAAGCAUCAGGAAGAGAAAAAGGAAGCGGAAGAAGAUGUUGCUACUCAGGUUGAUCGUGACAUUGGUCACGUGCUGGAUCGUCAAGUGCGAUCUGCUGGAUCUCUACGUACAGCACAUGGACGAGACCAUGAGGACAAUGUUGUACAGAAACAAGCGGCAUCCGAUGGACCCCGUUUCCAGGAGGAUAAAGAGAAGCCUCGAGACUGAACCUCUACUCAGAGUCGGCAAUUUUAAAAAGCAGCGACUGGAUGUCGACGAAGACUGGCUGAAGCAAUGGAAGGUUAAAAAGAGAAUCAUCCCUUACAAGAACGACGCUCUGGACUAUUCGAACAAGCGAGAGGAAAACCUGGACCCUGAUCAGCAUGAGAUUCUUCUUAACACGACACAGAAAUCGAAAUUAUAUUCGGAGGAGAUGACAACAAUUUUCGAAGACGCUACUGAUGCAAACUAUAACAUCGUGCGAGACAAAGAUGAACCGCCAGUCGUGGAGGAUCAGACCAAUGCCGAAGACUUGACCAUCGAGCCUUUAGAACUCGAAGAGGAGAUCGCAGUAGAGGACUGGCAGGAUCCUGAGAUAAACAAAGAGACUUCAGAGUUUGAAAUCAUUAGCGAGAACGAGCGGAUCAAUCCGAAACCGUUUGACGAUCCGAGCUUCAAGCGGAAGCCGUGGGGAAGCCGCGCGCCGAAGAAGUAUUUUCCACCCUUGGAAAAGCCGGUCAAGGAUGCGCAGGAAGCGAGAAGCCAUGCAAAGGGCGAAGUAACGAGGCCCAAGAGGGACACUACUAAGACUGCUAAAGUUGAAAAAAAAAGGCCCAAGUUUACCAGAUAUGAGCAGCUGGACGAGGAUGGAGACGUGAUCCUCGAGUGGGAUCCCUCGGACGACAAGGAAGUUGUCUUCAAGGUCACCGCCAGGACCCUGGGUUACGUUGGCAUCGGUUUCAACGAGAAGAGUCACAUGAAGGGUGCCGACAUCUUGCUUGCUUGGGUGGACGACACUGGCAUUGUCAACCUAUUGGACUCGCACGGUAUCGAGGAGGUGAACGCCGCGCCGGUUACCGAUACGUCCCAGGACGUCCGAGUCCUCGGGGGUUCACAAAAUGAUACCCACACCACCGUAAUGUUUGCCAGAGAUUGGGACACGUGCGAUCCACAGGAUCAUCAACUCACGGGUGACAGCAUCAGGGUGCUGUGGGCCUUACACCAGACCGAUCCCGAAUUGAACACGGCGGAAUGGCACGGAGACAGACGCGGUGGAAAGGCUCUGAGAGUGAGGACAGCAGCAGCCCAUUCUCCGCCAGAAGAGACGCAGAAUGUACAACACUGGGAUAUAAAACUCAGUCAGUACAACGUCUCGGGCGACAUGGACACUAUCUACUGGUGCAAGCUGUUCAAGGCUCCCCCGCUGAAAGAAAAACACCACAUGAUAGGGUAUACACCGCUCGUGGAGAAGACUCACGAGGAUCUGGUCCAUCACGUGAUUCUAUACGAGUGCGCCUCGACAGGGUUGACACUCGACAGGUUGGACAUUCUCCGUCGGCAGACCAGGCUCUCCGGUGUUCACUGUUACAGCUCGAAUAUGCCGCCGCAAUGGGAAUCGUGUUUGCAACCCAUCCUAGCUUGGGCUCGUGGCAGUAAAGGAGAAUGGUUGCCGAAACAUGUCGGUAUACCCAUAGCGGAGCACGGAGAGGAAUCCUAUUAUAUGCUGGAAGUUCACUAUAAUAAUCCGAACAUGAGAAAAGUGAUUGAUAGCAGCGGCGUAAGACUUCACUUCACUUCACAACUUCGUCCUCAGGAAGCAGGCAUCCUCGUAACCGGCGUGGCUGUGAGUCCUCUUCAUCUAGUACCCCCGAGGCAGAAGGAAUAUGCCACCGCCGGAUAUUGUACUCCACAUUGCACUAAUACGAUGUUUCCCGAGAGUGGUAUCAAUAUCGUAUCGGUAGUCCUGCACUCGCAUUUGGCAGGACGUCGUCUCAGCUUGAAGCAUAUUCGACAGGGUAAAGAGCUACCGAGAAUAGUUGAAGACAAACAUUUCGACUUCGACUACCAGCAGUCUCACAGCCUAGAGGAAGAAGUAAACGUGUUACCUGGCGACGAGCUCGUUGCCGAAUGCGUUUACAGUACUUUGGAUAGGACGAUACCAACUUUAGGCGGUUACGCAGCCUCCCAGGAAAUGUGCCUGGCGUUCGUCGUGCAUUAUCCCAGAACGCCUCUCGCCGCUUGCUACAGCAUGACGCCUGUCAAGGAUCUCUUCAGGACCCUUGGUGUGAACAGUUUCCAGGGAGUGACAAUGGACUACUUGGAGACACUGUUUCUGACGACAGGAACUGACUUGGCUUUAUCUUCGAAUAAUCAACAACAGCUGUCGAAUAAUCAACAACAGCUUGCCACUUAUCCGAUUGAGAAACGGAUGGACAAAAUCAACGUUACUCUUGCUAAAGAAACUGAACAAGCGUUCAGAAAAAUGAGAGAAAACCAUGAGAGUGAUAACGUGUUUACGCGGCUUAUCAUCGAGGAACCUGAGGAAUUCAAAGGUCGAACUUUGGCCGAACAUAUGCUGGCUUUGCCAUGGACGGAAGAAUUGCUUGCGCGAUCGAUAGAAAACAGUCUUUAUCAUGGCAAGCACAUGACAUUUUGCAGGAAAAGGGACGACAGAUUAGCAUUGCCGGCAGAUAUUCAGACUUUCCCGAAUUAUACGGCGUUACCGGAAGCGAAUAACACGUUUUGCAAGCUGAAGAUGAAGUCUGGCUCUUCCUCAAUUCCUCUUCCACUCGUGAUAAACCUGGUCACUAUCAUCAUCGCAUCGGUCCUUAUGUUCUAAGACGUUCCGAGCGCAUAGUCAGCGACAGUGAUAAAUGUUGCAACAAGAAGCGGCUCUUUACGACAUGAAUAUUCCUUGUACAUUUCCAAAUGAUUAAGUUAUUAAUUUAAGCACGCCUAUCUUAUAGAGAACGAUUUCUUCAGACAAGACUCGACCGCUCGAAACAAGUCGAGAAGUCUUUAAAAGUAUUAGGUUGCUGGUCAAUUCCUCUUUGUUAGAAAACAACAGUGUUUUCGAAAAA